AUGGCGGCGCUAGCCAGCUCCCUGAUCCGGCAGAAGCGCGAGAUCCGCGACCCCGUCGCCAGCCGCCCCGUCGCGGCGCAGAGGAAGGUCUGCCCGCGCGGGACCAAGUCCCUGUGCCAGAAGCAGCUGCUCAUUCUCAUCUCCAAAGUCCGGCUGUGCGGGGGGCGGAAGGGCCGGCUGGAGAAAGCGCCCGAGCCACAGCUGAAAGGCAUCGUCACCAAGCUCUUCUGUCGGCACGGGUAUUACCUCCAGGUCCACCCGGAUGGCAGCAUCGACGGGACGAGAGAAGAUACCAACUGUUUCACCCUCUUCAACCUGAUCCCCGUUGGCCUCCGCGUGGUCGCCAUCCAGAGCAGCAAGUCCGGCCAGUACGUCGCCAUGAACGCAGAGGGCUAUCUGUAUACCUCCGCUCACUUCACCGCCGAGUGCCGUUUCAAGGAGUGCGUCUUCGAGAACUAUUACGUCAUGUACUCCUCCACCCUGUACCGGCAGCGGGAAUCGGGGCGGUCGUGGUUUCUGGGCAUCAACAAAGACGGGCAGGUGAUGAAGGGCAACCGAGUCAAGAAGACCAAAGCGGCAGCCCACUUCCUCCCCAAGCUGCUGGAAGUGGCCUUGUAUCGUGAACCUUCGCUACACAACGUCGUGGAGCCGGCUGCAGCCAAGAAGGCGGAGGAGGGCAGCGCCCCCGCAGCCUCCGUCAAAGAGAUCUCCAAGGCGGAGGCCACGUAG